GGACAUGGAGCCUUUUACAGCUAGGGACAAAGUCCUCCCCUGAUUUAAGCCCAGGUAACUUGUAGCGCAGUUGGUACCCUGGUGUCCCAGGGUCUCUGGAAUCCCAGCCUCACCAUCUUCCUGCCAUCCCAAAGGCAUGCAGGGAGCCUGGGUACUGUUGCUGCUGCUGGGCCUGAGGCUACAGCUCUCCCUUGGUGUCAUCCCAGUUGAGGAGGAGGACCCAGACUUCUGGAACCGCCAGGCAGCCCAGGCCCUGGACACUGCUAAGAAGGUGCUGCCCAUCCAAACGGCUGCCAAGAACCUCAUUAUCUUCUUGGGAGACGGGAUGGGAGUGCCCACGGUGACAGCCACUCGGAUUCUAAAGGCUCAGAUGGAUGGCAAGCUGGGACCUGAGACGCCCCUGGCCAUGGACAACUUCCCCUACCUGGCUCUGUCGAAGACAUACAACGUGGACAGGCAGGUGCCCGACAGCGCAGGCACGGCCACAGCCUACCUGUGUGGGGUCAAGACCAACUAUCAGACCAUCGGUGUGAGUGCAGCCGCCCGCUACAACCAGUGCAACACGACCCGUGGCAAUGAGGUCACCUCCGUGAUGAACCGGGCCAAGAAAGCAGGGAAGUCAGUGGGGGUGGUGACCACCACCAGGGUGCAGCACGCCUCGCCCGCCGGCACGUACGCGCACACGGUGAACCGCAACUGGUACUCGGAUGCCGACAUGCCUGCCGAGGCGCUGGAGGAGGGCUGCCAGGACAUCGCCACGCAGCUCAUCUCCAACAUGGACAUUGAUGUGAUUCUGGGUGGAGGCCGCAUGUACAUGUUUCCCAAGGGGACCCCAGACCCUGAGUACCCGGAUGAUGGCAGCCAGAACGGAACCAGGGUGGACGAGAAGAACCUGGUGCAGGAGUGGCUGGACAAGCACCAGGGUGCCCAGUACCUGUGGAACCGCACGGCGCUCCUUCAGGCGUCCCAGGACCCCUCUGUAACACACCUCAUGGGCCUCUUCGAGCCAGCAGACAUGAAAUAUGAGGCCCAACGAGACCUCGGCCUGGACCCGUCCCUGACGGAGAUGACGGAGGCGGCCCUGAGCGUGCUGAACAGGAACCCCAGUGGCUUCUACCUCUUCGUGGAGGGGGGCCGCAUCGACCACGGUCACCAUGAGGGCAGAGCUUACCUGGCGCUGACUGAGGCCGUCAUGUUCGAUGACGCCAUUGAGAAAGCCAGCCAGCUCACGAGCGAGACGGACACACUGACCCUUGUCACCGCUGACCACUCGCACGUCUUCUCCUUUGGUGGCUACACCCUGCGUGGGAGCCCCAUUUUAGGGCUGGCCCCCAGCAAGGCCUCCGACGGCAAGGCCUACACCUCCAUCCUUUAUGGCAAUGGCCCAGGCUUCGCGCUCAGCGGGGGCUCCCGGCCGGAUGUCAACGAGAGCGAGAGCAUGAGCGCCACGUACAGGCAGCAGGCAGCUGUGCCCCUGUCGUCGGAGACCCACGGCGGCGAGGACGUGGCGGUGUUCGCGCGCGGCCCGCAGGCGCACCUGGUGCACGGCGUGCAGGAGCAGACCUUCGUGGCGCACGUCAUGGCCUUUGCCGCCUGCCUCGAGCCCUACACGGCCUGUGACCUGUCGCCCCCUGCCACCUCCACUGAUGACCCAGACUCCAACGCCACCGACGCCCCUCACGCUAACCCCACGGCCGCCGCGCACCCCGGGCCGGCCUCUGGCCCUCUGUCUUUGCCAGGGCUGGCCGGGGCGCUGCUUCUGCUGCUGGUGUCUGCCACUCACUGA